GGUGGGGUACGGGGGAUGCUCGCGGGGUGCCGGUGCUGCGGCGCGGCCCGGGGCCGGCAGGGGGCGCCGCGGGCGGGGUCGCCCCCGCCUCCCCCGGGGCGGAUAAAGGCGGCGACGGCGGAGGCGGCGGCAGAGCGGGCCCGGGGCGGCGGCGUGGCCCGGGGCGGCGGGAUGGCCCGGGGCGCGCUCCGCCUGCUGCUCUGCUGCGCCGCUGCCGUGGUCCUCGCAGAGACAGGACACGGUACCGCAGAUGGCAGCAGCACAGUGUCUGUGAGCACAUCGGCCUCAGCAACACCUCCACCUCCAUCCACCUCAGCGCCGCUGUCCAGUGCAUCGGCCACACCGCUGUCUACGUCACCUUUAUCUGACUCAGCCACCACAUUGACUCCAGAAGCACCUACAUCUUCACCCAGCCCAGCCACAGCAUCACCUCCCACCACAAUGCCAGGCUCAGCAGCACCUACAACACCCCCAAUCAGCACGACGGCAGCACCGUCAUUGUCCCAGCCAACCGUGCCUAGCUCCCCGGCCACCGAGCAGCUACCCAGCUCGACGGCAACGCUGGCCCCAUCCUCACCUGGAACCUCCGGGUCCCCUCCUGCGCCAGGUUCUCCUGCGCCCAGUUCUCCUGCGCCCAGUUCUGCGCCCAGUUCUCCUGCACCCAGUUCUGCGCCCAGUUCUCCUGCACCCAGUUCUCCUGCACCCACUGGGACCCCCAGCGCCAACACCUUGUCCACCAGCUCCAGAACGACAGCAGCCAUCAGCACCGGCACCGCAGCCGGCAGCUCAGCGCAGCCCCCCGCCAAACCCAGCCCUGGUGUGGUCGUCAUCAUCUGCCUCUUUGUCUGCGUGCUGGUGGGGGCAGCAGCGGUGCUGCUGGUGCGGCUGUGCCGGCGCGGGACCCCCCGAUUCCACCACCUGGACGAGGUGCCCAUGAGCAAGGUGACAGAGGGAUCCCCCAUCACCCACUACGGACCCAGGUGACCCCCCCUCCAUGGCCCCCCCUGGGGCUGCCCACGCUGCUGAAUAAAGAAGCUGCUGCCUUGGC